CUUCCCGGCUAGCGUCAGCGGCACAGUGCGCAGGCGCGGCCGCGCGGGUUUCCCGGGCUACGGUCUGCGCCUGCCUGUCGGUCGCGGGCUGGUCCGCCGCCCUGCGCCAUGGCGGGCUGUGCGGCGCGGGCUCCGCCGGGCUCGGAGGCGCGCCUCAGUCUGGCCACCUUUCUGCUGGGCGCCUCGGUGCUUGCGCUGCCGCUGCUCACGCGCGCCGGCCUGCAGGGCCGCACCGGGCUGGCGCUCUACGUGGCGGGGCUCAACGCGCUGCUGCUCCUGCUCUACCGGCCGCCGCGCUACCAGAUAGCAAUCCGAGCUUGCUUCCUUGGCUUUGUGUUCGGCUGUGGCGUGCUGCUUAGUUUUAGCCAGUCCUCUUGGAAUCACUUUGGCUGGUAUGUGUGCUCGCUGUCAUUGUUCCACUACUCUGAGUACUUGGUGACAGCUGUCAAUAACCCCAAAAGCCUGUCCUUGGAUUCCUUCCUCCUGAAUCACAGUCUGGAGUACACAGUGGCUGCUCUUUCUUCUUGGAUAGAGUUCACGCUUGAAAAUAUCUUUUGGCCAGAGCUGAAGCAGAUCACCUGGCUCAGCGCCACGGGGCUGCUCAUGGUGGUCUUCGGCGAAUGCCUGCGCAAGGCCGCCAUGUUCACCGCGGGCUCCAACUUCAACCACGUGGUGCAGAAUGAGAAGUCAGACACCCACACUCUGGUGACGAGCGGGGUGUAUGCCUGGUUCCGGCACCCGUCCUACGUGGGCUGGUUCUACUGGAGUAUUGGUACCCAGGUGAUGCUGUGUAACCCCAUCUGUGGGGUCGUCUAUGCCCUGACCGUGUGGCGCUUCUUCCGAGAUCGAACUGAGGAAGAGGAGAUCUCGCUGAUCCACUUCUUUGGAGAGGACUACUUAGAGUAUAAGAAGCGGGUGCCCACGGGCCUGCCCUUCAUAAAGGGGGUCAAGGUGGAGCUAUGAUGGGCAGGGCCAGGUGGGACCGACCACCGGGACAGAAGCGCACUGGUCGGCCACUGCAGAAUGGAUUUUCUUAAUCAUUUUCUAUGUCACUAAUUACUCUUCGGGAAUGUCACCCAAGACCACACGGUCGGAAGGCCUUAGGACCCAAAGCCCCACUGGAGCACUCUUGUGCUAAACCCAGGUAGGGCAGGGGUUUCCAAGGAACGUGGAGCGAAUCACAGCAAUAUUCAUCAGUACCACUUCCCAAGUGACCAGGUGAGGACCUGGGCCACACGGCAGUGCCCCCAGGACCACCGUGUGUUUGCAUGACAUCCAGGCCUUCUCAGGAGAGGUGCACACGGCUCAGCAGCAAGUCUGCUGCCGAGGGUGGUGGGUGUCGCUGCGUGUCCGCAUUAAAAAUGCACUGAAAACUUUUAAUUUCACAGAAAAGCACCACAGCACAGGUUUAACCUCUAUCGUGUCCUUCAAUGCAUGUACAUCCGCAUAACUCUCAAGACCCUUCUAACCCUGUGACCCCUCAUGCAUUUAACCGUACCCACACAUCUGUUUUCUGUAAAUAGCAGGAUAAAUGCAAAGGGCCUCCCUGGAGCUUCCUAGCUCCAGCUUGUGUUUGUCAGCAAGUAAGCACAGACCCUGACACAAUUUGGCCGGUGGCUUUAGGUGACUGUGGCAUGCUAGGCCGGGGGACGGUGGGCCCUGGGAGCUUCCCGGGGGUCCUGGCUCUUGCUGUCCUGUUUCUGAUGACAGGCAGUUCACAGAUGUGUCACUUUACCCAGGAAGUGCUUACUGCUGUACGCAGACACUGCUAACCCUUGAGGAAUUCCCUGCUGUCCAUUUAUUUGGGAUUCUGCUCUCAUUUUCCCAUAGCUCGCGUUUUUGCGUCUCCAUGUGAAUCCAUCCAGCAGUGUUUUCUGGGUUCUCGUCCUCCCCAGUGCUGGUUCAAGCUGCCUCUCCCAAAGGGAUCCAGCACAUAACCAAGCCGGCACGUCCACUCCUGAAAACAAUCUUAAACAGAGCACAUCAUCCCAGCCGAGGUUCUGUGGGCAUCUCUGUCCCGCAAGUUUGGGGAGAGGAACUGCCUUAAUGAGUCAGGCAGCUGAGACCCUUGCUUAAUCCUUGGUGAAUCCUGGGCUAGACAGGAACUUGGUCUUGGUGUGAACCCUCCCAGGCAGCUUUGCGGGAGCACGGGUGAGGGUAGCGUUUGCCUGUGGGCCACCACACACCAUGGCUUUUGAGGAGCCACCAGACCCUUGACGUGUAGCUCCCCACCUGCAGGGUGGGGCCCGUACCACCUGCCUCCCAGGGCUGUGGUGAGGACUUAGAAUACCAGUGUUUGGCAUCUCACAUCUGACGUACUGCAGUUCUGUGCUGUGAAAGUGGCAGCCACGUGGGCUGCUUGGUUCCCUGCGCAGAUCCCUAACAUGUAUAUUCAAAAGAGCAUUUUACCGGCUCAGAAACAUUGCUUUUUUUCUAGAUUCCAUGGCUUAUCUUUCUCAUUGUUCUAUAUACCAAAGAGGCUCAAUGGGUUUGUCGACUGCCAGCGCGAACCCUGCUGGCUCGAGACCCAUCGGCCCUGGUGACCUCAGAGGGAGCCAGGCCUCGGGGGGACGUCAGACGCAUCACUCAUUGUGGGAACACGAGUCAAACCCGUCCCCAGCUGCCCCAAACCAUAGUUACUGAAGCAGCCGCUGCUCCCAGGGCUGGACUGUGGCGGAUGUGGUGAGAUUCUGGCAGCAUCUGGGUGCUCUGAGGGAAUGUACUUCGCAGCUGCGUCCGAGCUGGACUGGUCCAGGCCCCAGCCCCCAGCCCCCAGCCCCCAUGGGGGCUGUGGGGUUACCUGUUUGAUGGAUGGGGAGCAGCUAAUGAUGGCCCCUGGCACUGCACGUGGUAAGGCGGGGUGUUGGCAUUUGAUGCCAGCCUCCGUCUUCCAGAGGCCAGAAAGCCGAUCUUCAUGCCAGACCCAGGAGUGAAGGAGCUCGGGUCUUGGGGUUUUGCAGUGCUGCCUUGCGCCCCAGGAGACUGUUGUGUUUUGCUGUGCUUCAGGGAGUAACUCCAGGGGCUUGGGGAGGUAGCCUUUCCCCCAGCACAGCAUGGCUUCCUCAGCUUCCGGGCCAAGUGGAGAGUUACGUGGGGAACGGGAAUGGACGAGCUCAGAAACAAGGCCACGCUGAACAGCACCUCGUGAGACCCUGCAGGAACUGCUGCCGGGUGGCCGUCUGCAGAAGCGGUAGCGGUGACCCCUAGGCAGAAGGCCAAGGUCAGCCCCAGCAUCCCUUCCUUGGUGCAGGCCGCUUCUGGAGCCUAACAACACUGAACUGUUCUGUGGCCUGGGAGGACAGCACGGUUCGUGGUGCAAACGAUCGGCCCAGUCUGGCUCUGGCAGGCGUCAGCCCCAGCUCCCUGGUCACAGCCCCGCUGCAGGCACAGCGAGCCCUCUUCCUUCUCUGCACUUUCUCGCUGCCUUAGGUAGCUGCGACCCCACUGUACUUCGCUUCCGUAGCGGCUCAGCAAGGUUAGGCGACCUCAGCCUCUCUGUCUCGGUGGGAAGGGCUCAUCCCGUGCCUGCCGUGGGAGGCCCCGCCACAGAGAGGGACUUACGGAGUAAUUGUUCUACUCUUCUGUUUACAUACAGAAAUGUUUAUUUAAAUAUUUUAAAUGGAAUUUUCUUUCACAGAUACUGAUGAUUAUUCCCAGUUCUUAAAUCAAUAAAACUGUAUUUGAUUUCACCGUGA